UGUCCAAACUUUUGACUGCUACUGUAUAUAUAGGUAUCACUAAUAUUAGUUUGACACUGCUUGAUAUAUAAUGAAAGAAAGCUAUUAAGAGGACACCUGUGUAGGACCCCAAUCCACACUGGAAAUUAGCUUUGGCUGUAUGUUAAUCACUAAAUGUAACUCAGUGUUGUUUGUGGCUACCUAUUCUAUACAAUUAAAUAAAUUAACUGAACUGUAGGCUAAAGAGAAAUACAUUUGACUGGACUAAAGUCUUAAACAGACAAGCUUUGUGUUUGUUUUCCUUCUUUCUCCUAAUUUGUGACUUCAUCUGCUCCCAUUUUUUAUUCUUAUGCUGUCAUAUGGAUUAACUGACCAAAUUUAAAACGCCACGUAUGAUUUACCUUUUGAGCUAAUUUAAUUUUAGUUUAAAAAUGUUAUUAAAAAAAAAAAAAGAGGCCACAUCUGAUUGACUGAGCGAAUGACGGACUACUCGCUUACCAACACACAAUACGCACACCUGUGUGACCUCAUCACCGCUCACAUAGAGAUCAAUGCGCUGAUCAGGGCUUUAGGUGCAUCAGUACCUUUACCUGUUUGCCGGUACGUCUUCCUCUACUGAGUGAUAGAAGCUAUCGUUAAUAUAACCCAACUGUUAACGAUUAGAGAUAAGUAUUUGCUAAAUAUUCGCGAGGUUACUGCUUUUCAAAUGAUAUAAGCGCGCAGUAGGUGUUCCCAACCAUCAUUUGGCGGUUGGUGGAGAGGCGGAGCUAGCUACAGAUGUUGACUGCUGCUUACAAGCUAAAUUUUCACAAAUCUUUAGUACCACUUGUGUCGCUGCCUGCUUCACUGGAGAAAAAAAGAGGACACAACACAGAUUAUCCCAGUGGAGACGCACUCUUCAAUUCAACCAAUGACUGAGGCAUAAUAUUCGUCCUCCAGUGACACUCCCACCUCCCUUUCGCUUGCGCUUGGUCCACACCCCUCUUUUCAUCUUGUCCAGUAUUUUAUAGUUCUAUUCUCUCACCUACUCUCAGUUUCUGGUGCAGCCAGGCAUCAGUCUGCCCUCUCUAUCCUUCCCCAUAACUCCCCUGUUAGCAGCCCUGAAGGAUUUACAGCCUUCAGCCUAAACUCAGAAUGGUUGCGGAGGUAGACUCUGUGUCUCAGGGCAGUGGUGUGCGGCUGAAGCAGGAGAUCUCUCUCCUGCACGGGGUCUGUCUCAUCGUGGGAAAUAUGAUCGGCUCCGGCAUCUUCGUGUCACCUAAGGGGGUUCUCAAAUACACUGGCUCUUUUGGCCUGUCCCUUGUAGUCUGGGCCAUUGGAGGGAUAUUUUCUGUGAUUGGGGCACUGUGCUACGCUGAGCUGGGCACCACCAUCCGUAAAUCUGGAGCCUCCUACGCCUACAUCCUGGAAGCCUUUGGAGGCUUUUUGGCUUUUAUUCGACUGUGGACGUCAUUGUUGAUUGUAGAGCCGGCCUGUCAGGCAGUGAUAGCCUUGACCUUCUCCAGCUACCUGGUCCAACCCUUCUACCCAACAUGUAUUGCACCCCACAAUGCUGUCCGCCUCAUUGCUGCCGCCAUCAUAUGUUUGCUGACUUGUGUGAACUGUAUGAAAGUGAAAUGGGGGGCUAUUCUUCAGGUCAUCUCCACUGUAGCCAAGGUUCUAGCUCUCAUCGUCAUCAUCAUUACUGGCCUGGUGAAGCUGGCACAAGGUUUUGAUCAAAACUUUGAGGACUCAUUCAGUGGCUCCAAACUGGACCCUGGUGACAUGGCUUUGGCUCUCUAUUCAGCACUUUACUCCUACUCUGGCUGGGACACACUCAACUUCAUCACAGAGGAGAUCAAAGACCCAGAGAGAAAUCUUCCCUUGUCCAUCGCUAUUUCCAUGCCUGUUGUCACAGUGAUCUACAUCUUGACCAACAUAGCUUACUACGUCGUCAUGGAUGCAGACAAAGUGCUCACCAGUGAAGCUGUUGCCGUGACCUUUGCUGACGAGGUGCUGGGCUGGGCUCGGUGGCUGAUCCCUCUGGCCGUGGCCAUUUCCUGCUACGGAGGCCUCAACUCCUCCAUCAUCGCUGCCUCCAGGUUGUUUUUCGUCGGUUCCAGAGAAGGCCACCUGCCUAAUGUUCUGUGCAUGAUCCACAUUAAGCGUUUCACUCCAAUUCCUGCCCUGCUGUUUAAUGGUGCCAUGUCACUGCUCUACCUGAUCGUGCCCGAUGUCUUCCAGUUGAUCAACUACUUCAGUUUUAACUACUGGUUGUUCAUAGGCCUGUCAAUCGCCAGCCAGAUAUACCUUCGCUUCAAAGCUCCCGAUCUGCACCGACCUGUUAAGCUGUCUUUGUUCUUCCCAAUCACCUUCUGCUUGUGCAGCGUAUUCCUGGUGGUGGUGCCCCUCUAUAGCGACACUGUCAACUCUCUGGUGGGAAUAGCCGUGGCGCUGUCUGGUGCACCAGUCUACUACAUUUGCCUCCACCUGCCGCCCAGCUCCAGACCAGCCUUCCUCGGCAAAAUACUCAAUUGGAUCUCUCUAUACACCCAGAAACUGUGCAUGUGCUGUGUGGCCUCGCCUGAUAUCGAUCUGGACAACAUAGACCCUGAUAAGAUGGAGUGACGGAGCAACAAAGGACUCGGGUUGAAGUACUGUAUGGAGGGAUGUAAGAGGAAGAAUGAACAAAUGAAGGAAGCUGUGAGCUGCAGACAAUCAGGAUUUGGAUGAGUGAGGCUUGAUUUAUUUAAAGGAAGGAGAAACUGGAGAGAUGAGCUCAACACACCACCUCCUCCUCCUCCUCUCCCUCCUCCUCCUCCUCCUCCUCCCUCAUACAUGAGCCAUAUGAAUAAAGGAGCAGGAUUUUACUUAGAUUUUGUACACUAUAACCCACCCAACAGACAGCACUCUACAGAUUAUCUUGGUGGACCUCCUGCACAUUUACAGGCUUGAACACAACGCAGUGUUGGUAAUAAAAUUCCCUCCACACGUACCCACACACUGCAUCUCACACGCACACACAUAAGCUAAUUGAAAGCCUUAGAGGUGACACUACAACAUAUGGAAACUAACAACCCGGUCCAGAAGGAGCUGAUUCAGCAAAGAUCUCUGAUGUGAUUGAGGUGGUUAACCGUUAAAAUAUAUGUUCUUUACAUGCCUUAGAUAUGUUGCAUCAUGUUUCUUAUGUUGAGUUACUGUAGCUCCUGUGAAUGUGUGAAAAAAUUGAGCCUGGAUGGUUUGAACCAGUGGUUCCCAACACUUUUUAGCUUGCGACCCUUUAAAGUGAAGCAAAGUCAAACAGUAAUUUGUCCUUCUUAUUUAAUAAUUCUUAGGAGCAUUUAAGCGGCUAUAAUCAAUAUUUUUACUGCCAGUGGGUAAUGUGAGAGGUAUUGCUUGUGGUGAUGAACCUACAGAGAAUUAUCAGCAACACUGCAGCUCCCCUCUGCUUUACAACAGCAAGUUUCAGCUCAUUGUCAGCUUUCCAGCUUAUAGCUGUUUUCAGAGAAAAGUCUCUAAAACCCAACGGUACGCUUCCUGCUCAGCACCAAACCGCAAACGGACACAGUUAGCGACUAGCUUGUGAACAUAGUGGAGCAUUUAGCAGCUAA